CUGGAUUUCCUUCAGUCCCCCCUCCCGCUCUCAACUGCCGCCUGGCUCCGCCCACUCGCUUGGCUCCGCCCACUCGCCUGGCUCCGCCCACCGUCAAUAAGUUGUCAUAGACCUGUAGUGACGUCACACACCUCGAGGCCGUGACGUCUGGUCGACGCUCCACGUUUAAAGCUCCUGACAAACAACGCUAAGUUCUAGCUCCAGGAUAUCCACUUACUACAACUGCUUCGCCAUGGAGUUCAAGUUCUUCAAACUGCUGCUGCUGCUUCUUGCGGGGUUCCAGCUUUCGGCUGCAAAGCCCGUAAAGUCCAAAAACAGCAUCAGUGCGCCCGAGGGAGUGGAGCCGGCGAUGGGAAUGUCCGGCUGGAUCCAGCGGAUGCGCGGCGCGAAAACGACGACAACUCCCCCUCCGACCAGCACGACUGCCAUCCCUAAAGCACCCGACGUAGCCCGCAAAUCUUCAGUCUACAAGAUUGUGAUGUUGUCCGUCCUGAGUUCCAUUGGGCUGAUCGCCCUGUGUGCUGGUGCAAGGCUUCUAUACUGGCGUUACAUGAGCCUUCCUCCAGCACAGCCUGCAGAUGACGGUGGCGAGGCCAAUGUCAUGAACGGUGACGAAGAAGACGCGCCACCGUCACUCGGUAGCGACAUCUCACGAGCCCUCAGGGCAAUUUACCAAUACGUAAUGCCGCAGCCAAGGGUCGUGGAUGAAGAAGAAGGAGAAGGAGGAGAAGGAGGAGAAGGAGGAGAAGAAGAACACGUUGCACCAGGCGGGUGGUUCAUGGAGACGCUCACUACCUUGAUGCAAAGCCUGAAGCCUGAGCCAGGGUCCAGCGGCGGCACAGAUGGCGGUGGUGAUGACGACAACAAGACGCACCAUAAGGAGAAGAACGUGAAGUCAGGCAAAAAGAAAGAAAAGUUCAAGAAAUUACUGGGAAAUAAGAGAGCGCAAGCAAAGAAACUCCACAGCAAAUUCAAGGCGACUUUCAAGAAGAAAAUGCCAAAAUUUAGAUUUAGAAAGAAGCGUAAAUAGUCGUGGACAGCAUCUCCCUUCCCCGACAACCCCUCCCUGCUCCUCCUCUUCACUCCGAACAUUUAUAAAUCCACGUGAUCACAUCUCUCGUUAUAUCGCAUUCCCUGCUCCCUUCUUCAACCCCUUCACAAAGUUAAUGAUCCCUCGUUUAGCCAAAACAGAUUGUUGGGGCAAGGUUUCAGACGCGAUUCCUUGUUAAGCGUUUCAGUUUGGUGUGCUAACAUCCUAACACCUGUUUUGUUGCCAAGAAAAAAAGGGGAAUACAUAUUCUCAUACCUCAACCCACAUACAGACGCAUAACACAAAGAUCCCCUGUAUAGCUUUAACGGACUGUUCGGGCAAGUGCUGUUAGCGCCGGUCCACGACCACCUCUCCUGCCUGUCCCGCGCCCACUGGGCGUUUCUACUUGGUGGCCCACCGGGCAUCGCUGGCACCGUGCGACUUCCGCGCCAUCCCGCGAAACCGGUGGGCCGCUCCGUUACAAGCGUCUGGUGGCUCCUUUUCCGGGCCACGUGGCUGGACAUCGGGGCUUUGCGCGGUCCCAAGGACGGGAGGUCGAGCUCCUGCCGGGGGAGUCCUCACCAUGUCAGCAUGCCAGACACGGAGGGAAGCUUCGCGUUCGGGGCAAGCGAGCCGGACCGAGGCUGCGGGUUCUUGUCGUGGGCCCGGCCGCUGCACUGCAUGGACAUUGUCGGUGGUGCGGGGGACUCCAUCGCCAUGGCCCCCUCUUCCCACGUGGCUCCAGUCCCUCGCCGCCCCCUUUGUCUUUCCAAUGCAAUGUUGGCUGACUACCUUUGAACCCCCUAGCUUUCUGUCACCACCUAUGAGCAGGCCUAUCCCAACCCCUCUUUAUCAA